CUUUGCGCUUACAAAAUGGUGUCGUGCAGGUCUACAGCUCUACCUAAAAUCUAAACCGAUCACUGUCUUUAGCUGAUAGAGGACAUAUAUCCACUAUAAUAAUGAAAUUGCUAAAAAAUGUAUUGACACAGAUAAACUCGCUUAACAUAAGUAAAUAUAGGCGUUGUCAGAGUUCUACAAACUCUACGAUCCGUGUAACCGGCAGUGUUUUCUCACAGCUAGAACAUUACGUGGACGGCUCGUCGCGGGAUUUGAUCCAACGACUCAGCACGCAGGUAGAGGUGCGAACCCAAUUUAUCAGCAAAGAGGAAGAAUGUGCUCUUUUUCAAGAACUCGAACCUGGGUUGAAAAGGAAACGUUACCAAUUUGACCACUGGGAUGAUGCUAUUCACGGGUACAGAGAGACCGAGCGUGGAACAUGGGGGUCGGUUUGUGAGGGUGUCUUAAGGCGUGUCAAAUCUGUAGCUUUCCCUGAGGGCAGUCCACUUCUUGGCCCCGUUCAUGUCCUAGAUCUGGACAAGGCUGGCUUCAUCAAACCACACAUCGACAGCAUCAAGUUCUGUGGCAGUACAAUUGCAGGGCUCAGUCUCCUAUCAGACAGUGUGAUGCGCUUGGUAAAGGAAGACGACGCUCACCAAUGGCUGGAUCUCUUUCUGCCACGAUACUCCCUCUACAUAUUGAGGGACACGGCCCGGUAUGGCUUCACCCAUGAGAUCCUGAAGGACGAGCAGUCAGUGUUUCGUGGAAGCAGAGUCCCCCGGGAGCGACGCAUCUCAGUCAUUUGUCGAAAUCUUCCAACGGAAAAGCAGGAGACCUGCCGAUGAUGGCCAAUAAAGAUGUUCGAAAUGAUUACA